AUGUUGAGUAAUGAAUUAACGGACAUAACACCAAGUCCUUCUCAAGGAAUCCCAGUUAUACCAAAAAGAAGAUCACUAGACACUGGGUGUAAUGAUAGUAGUGGUAAGGUCAUAUCAGCAGGUUCAAAAAUACGAAGAAUAUUAUCCGCCUCUAGCGUAGAAAUGAAUGGUAUUGAGAGAAAAGGUCGAAACCAUUCUGCUGUUGAGAUGAAGGAUAAAAAGAAAUCUCUCUCUUCUUGUGCGAUGCCUUUUUCAACACCCGCUUCAGCCACUUCUCUCCUUCGAUUGGUGCUUGAAGUUCUGCAGCGGGUCCCUGGAGAACAGAAUGGGAUCACAACAGUACCACCACGGCCCCCAAAUGGAUCACCCAAACAUAACGGACGACAUCGUCGAGUUUAUUCUAGUAUUUCAUAUGAAGAACCCAAAGCCAAAGUACUAUCUAAGGAGGAUAGGUAUAGUGGGAUAGGUAAUACUAUACAAACUCGUAGUGGUUUAUCCACUACUGGAGUAGUAUUUCCUUCGACAAAUAAGGUAUACCCAUAUAAUUUUAUUUCACAGGGUGAAAAUGUGGAAAAUACAUGUUCACCUUUAAAUCAUGUUUCUGUUAUGCCUCAUACACAAUUGAGUGGUUCAUUAGGAGAAAAAGUUUCUAAUUCACGGGUUGUAUCACUUAGUUCUUCAGUAAUUUGUACACCACCAGCUGCUGCCGCCGCCGCAGCGUCAGAUGUAAAGGUACCGAAAGAAGUAUUAAAAGAGAGUCUUCCUCAGGGAAUUUGUGAGGAACCCUUAAUUGGAUUAUUACUUGAUGCAUGUACGGAUGAAAAUGGAACUAUUGCUCUUGCAGAUGUGUUAUCCUUUCUUGCAAGUAAAGAAGAUAACACAGAAGAUAGUGUUCAUCUUAAGAACAAACUCUCCAUGACAGACUCUGAGGCUACAUUAAAGGCAUACUUUAGAGUUUUUAUUCUUAUUGGAGCUCGUCAAUACCCUGUUGAUGACAAGAUGCGUAUUAUUACAGUAGUUCCAUCUUCACAAGGAACACUACGAAAAAAAAGAAGAACGGUAGUAGAUGAAACAGAAAAAGAAAGAACAGAAAACACUAGUAUUAAUGCAGAUUCCCCUUGGUUACUCUUAGCGGAGCAGUUAUUUCAAUACCUUUCUUCCUUUCCACGAAAUUUACUUUAUCAUACGGGUCCUCUUGGUGAAGAGCGAACGGCACCGAAAGAGUGGGGCGAUCGGUGGGACUCCUGGAGUACUUCACCCUCUGCAUUACAGCAAUUGCCUAUUCUGCAGGUGUGGCCUUUAAUUAUGUUUCCACGAUUUGUAGUGUUGAUGACUCGGUGGGGGAGACGACCAAUGGAUGUACUGCGGGAAGUGCAAAUGUCGUCUGCAUAUUCACAGAAUGGUUCUAUUCUUUCAUUAGCGGCUACAACUACUGGUGGUAGUCUUUUUACAGAUGAAUCCCAUGGAUGUUCGGUUUCUAGUCAUCAUCCAUACUAUGAAGAAGAUGGGGAUAUAAUGGGAAAACAGAGAAGUAGUGGUGAUAGUAGUAAUGAUAGCAAUAAUGAGAAAAACGAUGUAGUAGUUAAUUCGGAUACAACUCGAGUUCGAAUAAGAGGAAAUACACGAGAGAGUGUGCAUCGCAUUAAUUAUAUUUUGAAUACAUGGGAAAAUGAGUUUAUGCAUGAUACGGUACGUGUACGCUCUGCCCACUCACACUACUCAUCAGAGAAUUCCUCACUACGAAGUCAAUAUUGGAGUAAAACAACACUAGUGCAACCACCAUCUAAGAAGAAGAAAAUAAAACGAUAUCGUGAUGGAAAAACAGAGAAACAACCACUUGUUGGUGUUCGUGCUUGGUAUGAGGAAUUUAGUCCCUACGCUGGAUCUACAUUACGUACUUCUACUUAUCCUUUCAUCAUGACAGAUACAAAUAACAAUACAGAGAUGCGAGAAAAGCGUUGGAGUGGAGUUAAUGGAAGAGUAAAUCAUCAUUAUCGUAAAAAGGAAAAAAAUUGUUUUUUUGCCACAAGACUUCACUCGGCUGUGAAAUCUGGACAACAAAUAGGCAAAGAUUCAGAAGGAAACUCUCAUCUAAACGUAGGCUCGAGUGAAAGUUCGAGGGUUAGUUUCCAUAUAAGACCCAAUUCUCGUUUGUCUCUUUUCUCAUCUACUCAAGUAUUCCCUUCCACAACAGAACUUUCGGAUUUGGCCUGUGAUGUUUUGAAACGAGCACAUGGACAACGACAUCUGGUUCAGGUGAAAACACCAGAGAAUCAAAAACAACAAGAAGAACAACAAGAACAACAAAAGAAACAGGAAGGAAAAGAAGAGAGAAAACAGCGUUACCAUCAUCAUCAUAAUAGUAAUCAAGAAACAAGUUUAAGAUCUGAAGUGUCAUCACUUGUAUCUUCAUUGCCAAUAAAUAAGGCUGUUUCUGCGUGCCUGCGUGAGUCUGAGGAAUCUGAUUGUGUAAAACCGCCUAAUGAGAUACCAACAUCCAAUAUAAUGGUAGAGAUAACGAAAGAAACGAUGCAGGAAACUCUUCCACAUUCUCUUGAAGAGUCAAAGAAGGAUGAUAAUCCUACACUAUACUCUAAAGACUCCAUCAAGUCGUUAAAAAAGAAAGAAGAAGAUAUACCUUUUACUUUAACUCAAGAUACAUUGACAAGUCCCUCCAAUCUUGAUAUGGCAAUUUGUUUACAAAGGAAUAAUAGUGAAGUACCAAGUGAAUUGUGUUUGAGUAGAGAUUCAUCAACGUUGUGUCCAUCCACUACAAUGGAAGCUGCAGUAAGAAAUAAUAACAACAUACACUAUCAUCAUCAAGAAGAACAAGAAGAAGAAGAAGAAUUAAAAGCACCUAUGGAUGAUGUAAACCGCUAUAAUAUUCCCUUGUCAAUGAAGGAAAAUGAAGAUAAUUGCAAUAAUGGUCCUCUUGUAGGUAUUAGACGUGUUGCUGCAGAAAUACUUUAUCAACGAUUGAUGGGAUUUAAGGCUCGUCGUGAUUUGGGCCGUCAAAGGGCUUUAAGAAAGAGUAAAAGUUUAAUUUCUAUGGUUUCUGUUGAACCUCCACCUCUUCCAAACUAUACCAGAGAAGAGAGUAUUUCUACUACUACUAUGGGUACUUCAAAUAGUGAGACGGCGACGUUUAGAGAAUUAACAUGGACUCUUUUGGAGCAAAUGAAUAGGUGUGAUCAAUGUACACAUUCUACUGUAAAGAAACAUAGAAGAAAAGGAUAUUUGAAUAUUAUUUUACUACUACAAAGAUUAGGACGUGCAUACAUAUCAAGAAAAAUCUUUAUUAAUAUGAAUAGUAUGGAAGAAAAGAUGAAACCACCUGCCACGACAGAGGAGGGUUCACCUAUUUAUACCCAGAUGGAUGAACCAUCUUUAUUAAAAGAGAAUACUUUUUUAAAGAAUUCUCCUGUUUCUUUUCCUACAGAUAUUACUCCUAUUGAUAUUCCUUUUGCUACUACUACUAGUACUACUACUACUACUACACCUACAAACUCCGCAUAUCGACAACGUUCUUCUGGAGUGACAUUUCUGGCCUAUGGGGAAAAUAUACACCGAGAAAUAAAAAAUGAAUCUCGAGAAAGUUCUGCAGAAACGCCUAUUAAAUGUCGAGAUACACCUCCUGAUUUCUGGCAUGGACGCAUCACAAGACAAGUGGAUUAUCAAAAACAACUACAAUUACAAUCACAAGAACAACAAGAACAAAAAAAGGAAGAACAUACUCCUAAAACUACUGAACAUCUUAUUACCAAACGUACAAAGACACCAGUAGGUUCUCCUUUGGGUAAAAAAAGUGGUUUUAAUACCGCGCAAGUAGAGGUAUCCACCGUACAAGAGAAAAAUGAAACAUCAUCACCAAAUACACGUUUUCUAUUAGCUCUUGAUGUUGAAGGAACUAGAGAAGUACAACUCUCUAAUUCUAUAAGUCCUUCAGAGAUGUUGUUAACAAAUACAGAAGGAGAUGAGAGUAAUCUUGUGGAUACCCUUUCAGGUGCUCAGUACUCCGGAUCGAAUUUUUCUUUAGCGCAAUCCUGCUGUUUCUCAAUUUGUUCUACUCACUCCGUACAUAGUGUGAGUCCCGGUACACCGGUUUUAAAUGAUCUGGAUGAUACUUUCCUAUUUGAAAAGGAUGAGGAAAAAGAAGAAGAUGAUUUAAAGACUUUUGAUGAUAGUCUUUCUUGCAGUAGUGAGGAAUUACAAAAUGAAAAAACUGUCAAUGCUACAAUGGAUUAUGUUGUUCCUACCGUACUCACAGAUCAACCGGCUAUGGGUGAGAGUGAGGCCUCUUUACUUAUACAACGAGUGGGUAGAGGAUUUGCCGAUAGACGGCAACUUCACUUUUCAUUAUUAGUGAAUGUCUCUUCUUUUGAGAUCUGUAUAAUACACCGUGCAGUCGCUGGAUAUUAUCAACGAAAACAAUUGGGAUAUCGUUAUCAUGCAGCCGUGGAAGCUGAGAAGGAGUUGCAGUGGUUUCACUACCGUAAUCGAUCGGCAGUUCAGAUACAAAGAAUGAUUCGCGGGUUUCUCGCCAGACAACGAACAAAAAAAUUACAACGUAAAUUGUGGGUGCGUAUUGAAUUGCAUGUGGCUCGGGAACAGCAUGAAAUAUACGAAGAGUUUUAA